ACCCCCGUCGGCUGGCCAUUUGAUCACCACACGCGGAGACGAUCAUCCGCGUGUACUGGCCGCCUCCAAUUUCCCUGUUUCGUGUUUCCCGUUAAUUGAUCACGGUUACAUUCCGCCGGAGCUGAUCCCUUUAAGGCCACACCGUGCCGCCCUCGAGCGUGUCACGAUAACGCGAGACCCCGUUAACGGAGAAAGGGUUGACGGCUCCUCGAUCCGAUUAGCUUGAAGCGUUGCGUGCGCUCACCAGCCUGCCACACAACUGCGCUUUGUUUUCAUCGCGUCUGUUAAUUGAUGGUUCCGCUUUUAGCCCUGUUGCUUCGGACCUUCGCCUUUGACGCCAUACUGAACCAGCGGAACAUUGAGGACAUGUAUCUGGAUUAGUGAUUCUUGAUUCGGUCUGUGAAUGUUGAGUAUAUUUUUAUUUUGAUGCAUUGAUAAUUAAUCUGUUGUCAUUUAGAUGUAUUGAUGUUGAUGGUAGUAUUGUAGCGUAAUUGUUAUACAAAAGUAUAGUGUUUUUAAUUUCAGUUCGGAUCCUCUAUGUUUGUAGAACUGUAGGAUCGUAUAAUUUUGUAUAUACAUUCCUCGAUGUUAUGUAACGUGAUUUUCAAUUUGAAAAGCAAAUGAAACCUCGCGUGGUUGUUUCAUUGGAAAUCAUAGCGUCAGAUAUUUAUAAUGAAAAGUUUUUAGUUAUCGAAGCGUGAACAUCGCUCCCCACCCCGGUUAUCCCUACCUAACCGAUCAGCUGGUUUCUCGAACGGCCGGAGCAGCGCGCUGAUCAGUCGACCUUCGUACGUGAAUUGGAUGGCCUGCGAUGGCCGCUGUUAACAACGUGAAAUUGUUACGAUCGCUUUUUGUUGCGUAUUUCAACCCAGUACGUUCCGAAUCAACGCAUGUGAACAGCUCGGCCUAUCAUCGUCCGUCGGAAACUGGGACGACAAUUCCGCGGGAUAAACCAUCAUCCGAUUAAAAAUUUGGGUCCACUUAAGUAUCGUUCCUAGAAGCGACUCGUUCGAAAUGACAGAGCCGCGUAAAAGAAACUUGCGGGAGGAGUCCAGAGGAAAUGGUCUCAGAAACCAUUCGUGGAGUAAUGGACCUGACAGCGAAGACGAAUUGGCUGGUGAAAAUGAACUGCUCGAUGAGAAUGUAGUCAGUCCAAGUCAUCAUCGAUCAACUAUAGGAGAUUCGCCUAUUUGUAACAUGACAACAUUUGCAGAGGAAAAGAUGCGCAGAAAAUUAAAAUUCUUUUUUAUGAACCCUAUUGAGAAAUGGCAAGCGAAACGUCGUUUUCCAUACAAAUUUAUUGUUCAAGUAAUUAAGAUUAUAUUGGUCACUGUACAACUAUGUCUCUUCGCACAUAGUAAUUACAUGCAUGUGAACUACGCGUGGGAUAAUCGAAUAGCUUUCUCGCACCUGUUUCUGAAAGGAUGGGAUACUACACAAGAGGUGCCAGCUUAUCCACCAGCAACGGGUCCUUUAGCAAUUUAUAAACAAGACGAAUUUUAUAGUACAAUUGAUUAUGCUUUAAAUGGUUACUUCCACCUUAAUAAGGCAAUUGGAUCUUAUUCAUACACUGCAGAAGAUAACUCAGUAGUUCCAGUUACUCUAUGCUUAUAUUAUUACAAAGAAGGUAUUAUAUUUGGUUUUAAUGAAAGUUACGUUUUUGACAAACAAAUCGUAGAAACGUGCAUCAAUAUAACUCGCCAAUUUUACCAGGAACAUAGUACAUCAAAACACUUAUUGUCUCAACAAAAUAUCAAUGUAAAUUUCUCAGCUCUUGUUAGGGCUCACUUAUUAUUUGCCUUAAAAACAAUCAACUUAAAAGCUGCUGGACCAAUGACACCACCAGAUUGCUAUCAAUUUAAUGUUAAAAUUGAUUUUGACAAUCGUGAUUUUGAUGGACAAAUGUUGCUCUCGUUAGAUACAGAAGCAAAAAGAUUAGAAUGCAAAGGUGAUACGCGUUAUAUCACGGAUAGUCGUAUUGAGGCAGCUUUAAGAACAUUACUCAAUUUACUAGUGAUUCUCAUUUGUUCUGUUUCUCUUAUUUUAUGCUCAAGAGCUAUAUAUAGAGCACAGCUGUUAAAAUUCGAAACUAUGAAUUUCUUCAAGAAAACGUAUGGCAAAGUAUUGAGUCUCGAAGGGAGAUUGGAAUUUUUAAAUUUAUGGUAUGUAAUGAUCAUUAUAAAUGAUCUAUUAAUUAUCAUUGGCUCGGCCGUGAAGGAACAAAUUGAACAAAAACAAUUCGGCAGGGAUAAUUGGAGCGUAUGUAGCAUAUUCCUAGGUACCGGUAAUUUACUCGUUUGGUUCGGUGUACUACGGUAUCUCGGUUUCUUUAAAACAUACAACGUUGUUAUUUUAACGUUGAAAAAAGCUGCACCAAAAGUGGCACGAUUUUUAUUUUGUGCGAUACUUAUUUACGCUGGCUUUACAUUUUGUGGCUGGUUGAUCUUGGGCCCGUAUCAUAUGAAAUUUCGAUCUCUCGCCACAACAUCUGAAUGCUUAUUCGCUCUUAUAAAUGGCGAUGACAUGUUCGCCACAUUUUCCAUAACGUCGUUCAAAUCGCCAAUGUUGUGGUGGUACUCUAGGAUUUAUUUAUACACGUUCAUUUCGCUGUAUAUUUACGUGGUUUUAAGUUUAUUCAUUUCUGUGAUAAUGGAUGCCUAUGACACAAUUAAGAUUUAUUACCGUGAUGGGUUUCCGAAAAACGAUUUGCAAACCUUUAUAGCAGCAUGUACCGACGAAGCAUCUAGUGGUCUCUAUAGGGACGACUGUGAAAGAAACGAUCUAACGGAACUCCUUGAUCGUUUUUGUUGCUGUCGGAAAAGACCCUUUUACGGGUCAUUCUCAGGAUCAAGUGCAGAAUUCUCAAAAGUGUCGGAACAAACAUGCGGAGGAGCAAUCUGUAUAUAGUGCUAUGCUGGACAAUAAUGUAUUAAUUAAAUAUUACGGUUCCACAGCUGAUACCCGAGAUUACCACGAUAAUUUUAUCGCCUAAAAGUACUUUUUACGGAAUAAUAUACAUUUGUCAACGUAUUACAGUUGCCUCUCCAUUUAGCUGCCAUUAAUAUGUCGUACGUUUACCGAUAGCGUAAAGGUUAACGACGCUAGACUUCCGUUCAUUUUUGUUGUACAGUAUAAAACUGAACAGUUUAGAGAAAAUAUUUUCACAAUUAAACUCACAAUACUUACAAUCAUAAUGUCUAUAACAUCGUUACUAUAAGUAUAAUAUGAUAUAUGAAGUAUUAAUGUUAUUGAAGAUAAUUGUAGAUAAGUAAUGUUUCAACCAAGAAAUUCAAUGGUGCAAACUUUAAGUAUAAUAUGUACUUUCUUGUGUCAAUGAAAAUUUAUAUGUAUUAUGUAAGCUAAACUACAUAAUGUGAAAGUCAUCUGAAUGAAUAAUGUAUAAUGCACAGUUUUGUAUAUACACAUACACUCACACACACACAUACACAUCUGUGUGUAACAUUAACAAUUAUUUUUUAUGAAGAUAAUUAAUUCAGCAACUAAAUUUUUAAUAAUUAGUAAGAUUAAUGUUUUUAAUUGCAAAUUAAAUAGUAUAUAGAGUAAUAAUCUCAAACAAAAUAGUUAUUAACUUGACACAUAAGUAGACAAUUAAAAAAAAUCAUCAAAUCUGUAAUUUGUAUUAUGAUAUACAUAUAAUAAUUUUAUCGCGUCAUUUUAUACAAUGUGCAUUGUACAUGGCAUCAAUAUCUACAUUCGAUUUAUGAAAUCAUAAAAUGCAUUUUAUUCAAAACGAACGAGCACAAUGAAAAAAAUGUGUUAUCCAAAGAAAUAUAUUUAUGAUAUUAACAAUGAAGUACAAUAAAAUUAUAAUUUUUUCCAGUUAUU